AUGGGGUGUCAAUGUUGUCAUGGCGACGGGCCCAUCGGGUACAGCGGCGCCAGUCAUGAAGAGAUGUUGAAGAACUUCGGGGAUCUCUCGGAGGACGCCUCCAUGGCGGCGGUGGUGGCGGACCUGGCGCAGAUCACCGAGGAACAUCCCUACCUGAAACCGACCGGCACGGAACCCACGCCUCACCAGCUCUUGUACUUCGUGCGCAGGUGUCGGGAGUAUGUCAUCAUGCGGAACUCCAAGGAAGCCGCGAGCUGCAUCGAACGCAUCCAACGCAGUUUGAAGUACGAAAUCGCGCAGAUCCGCGACGCCUUCCGCAGGUUUGAUCACGAUGGUUCCAACUAUUUGGACCAGAACGAGUUCAAAUACCUUUGCGCCUAUCUGGGCCGCUUGAUCUUGACUAAUCUGGACCUAUUCGGCGCCGCCGAAUUUGGGAUGAGCCAGGGUUUUCUGUUGUCAUGA